AUGUUAAACUGUAGCGAUCUGUUCAAGCAAACACUCACCGAAAGUGGCAUUUGCUAUACCUUCAACGGACUGUCGGCUGAUGAUUUGCUUCGACGAGCGGAGUUCCAUCGCGAGUUUGAGCAUAUGGGUGAAACGCGAUCCUCUGAAAACUGGACCAUGGAGAACGGUUACAAGCCCGGCAUUGGCAGAAGGACGUAUCCGCGGCGAGUGAUGAGUCCGGGCGCACAGUCUGGUUUGCUCAUCGUUCUACGGACAGGCGAUCGCGAUAUGGACUACUUGUGUGGGGGAUUCCAGGUGCAACUGCACAGCCCGAACCAGGUCCCGCAGAUAUCGACCGAAAACAUUCGUGCACCAUUGAACAUCGCCUUCCAGGUGCGGGUUCAACCGUUUAUGAUCACAACUUCAGCCAAUCUGCAUUCGUACGAGGCGGACAAACGCGGAUGCUUCUAUACCCACGAGCGGUACUUGCGAUUCUUCAAUAUCUAUACCAAACGCAACUGUGAGGUCGAGUGUUUGACGAACCUUACACUAGCUCUGUGCGGUUGUGUCCAUUUCUCCAUGCCCCGACCUGCUGAUGUGCGCAUUUGUGGACUUGGCAAGCAUGCAUGCAUGGAACGGGUGGAAACAUUUGUGCAGGAUCAGGAGAUGGAGUCAAAAUUGAGUUCAGGAGCGGAGCUGCCCGCAUCCUGCAACUGCUUGCCAGCGUGUACCUUUCUGCAGUACAAUGCAGAGAUCUCUCAGGCGCAUUUCGAGUGGAGAAGAUUAACGGAGGCGGUUGGUAUAUACCAGGAGGAACUCACGAAUGCUAGUCUAACGACACUAAACAUCUACUUCCGAGAGGCACAGUUUGUCGGUAUAAAGCGCAAUCAAAUGUUUGGAAUUAACGAUUUCAUCGCAAAUUGUGGUGGCCUUUUGGGGCUCUUCAUGGGAGUCAGUCUGCUCAGCAUCCUCGAGCUGGUGUACUAUUUCACACUGAAACCGUUGGUAAACUGUUUCCUAACGCGUCGCGAUCAGAAGCGCAAGAUUGCGAUUGUGAAACCCCAAAACGGUCAAACUGUGCUCACCAAUUCUCUGCACACCUUUCUACGAGAUGCCGCUUAG